ACAACUUCAAUUAUCAAUGAAGUCCUCGUCAAGAAUCUGAUCCAGCAAGAAAUGGGCCUGAGGGAAGCCCAUCUUAAUGGACUCUACAGAAGGCCCAGUUUCUCUCAAAAAGCUUGCCCGGGAAGCUCUUCGAAACAAAUGGUACAAAUACAAAUCGGCGGGAAUAAGAUAAUUCAACAAACAGAGACAGAGUAUAAAGGACUAAAGGAGAGAGAUUUCAGUUUUAAUUCGCAAACUCAGAUUCAAGGAAGCUGCAGUUGAUUCAGAUAUGGAGGGCCAUCUUCAAGCUUCUUCAAAAUUAGGGUGUCCUGCUGACAGUAAUGAAGCAAAGUACAUCUCUGGGCUUAGUACUAUACUUGUUGCAACAAUUCAGGAAGCAAAGGAUAGGAUUUCGCAGAUAGAGUAUAUUUUCUGCAGUCAGAUAUACCCAAAUUUUCAAGCAAAUUCUAAAAGCUUGCAGAACAUAUAUUCUGAGGCCAGGGAAGCUGCUGAAGAUGCAUGGAGAGAAAAGGAAAAUAGUCUCUUACUCGAGAUGAAGCAGCUUCGUCUUGAAAAGCAACAGGCUCUUGAAGAGAAUCAGUCUCUAAAGCUUGAGAUGGAAAAUCCUUUGAAGGAGCAAGAAAAGAAAAUAAAUCAACUGCUUUCCAAACUAGAGAGUCAACAACUGAAAAUUGAUGAGCUUGAGAAGGAGCGUAUGCAGAAGUCUAAAGAAGUUGAUGAGGGGAUCGAAUUGCAAGGUAAGUUACUCCAUUUGUUUCAAUCAAAAGUCAGUGUGAUUGUGGAUCAAAGCAAACAAAUAAAAGAGCAUGAAGAAAGGGCUAAAACACUUACUGCUGAACUGAAUAGCCAUAAGAAAAAAGUUGAUGAGCUCCAGAAGGAACUUAGUGAAAAGAUUGAAAAUGUGGCCAGGAGAAAAGAUUUGACUGAAAAGAUUGAAAUGCUAUUUUCAGAUAUUUCAAAUAAUGAACAGCUGUUGACUGAUCUGAAAAAUGAGAAGAAACUACUUAUUGAUAAGUUGGAAGGUUUUGAGGAGAAUGUUAGAAGACUGCAAGAGGAGCUGAGGAAAAAGAUGGAAGAAGUCGAGGAGGAAAGAAAAUUGCAGGGGCAGUUGCUUCAACAAAUUGAUUUGAAUUCUGUUGAAGUGUUAAAGAUAAAGCAGCGGUUGGAGGAGUGUGAGAAAGAGAAGAAACUGCUUCUGGAUAAAGUGGAAGGUUUGGAGGAAAAAGUUAAUGAGCUAAAGUUAAAUCUUAAUGAAAGAAGUGGUGAGGCAGAUGGAGGAAGGGAUUCAGAUGAAAAGUUACUUCAACAGAUAAAACAGAAGGAUUCCGAAUUGGUGGCUGAAAAGAAGAAAAGAAGGGAUGUCAUAGAUGCUUACAAAAGGCUGAAAUCUCAAUACAAUUUUCUCUGCGCAAAGUCUGGUCUCACAACAGAGAAUUUGCUCCAGCAAAACAAGCUAGAAGAUGAAAAUGAUUCAUUUAAGCAACAUCAAAAUCCAGUAAUUUCCCCUGACCUUGAAGACAAAAGUCUCAAUACUUCCGCGGUUCAUUGUGACACAAAUAAAGUGAAAAAUGAAUUUGAUUUUAGUGAUAACUUGGAGGGUGAGAAAGGAGCCAAAUCAUUUCAGACUUCAAGCUUUCAGUCAGCUACUUCUAAUCUCUUUAUAACACCAAAAUGUCCCUCAAAUGUAAAAUCUGCCCCAGCAGCAGGUACAAAGCGACCUGCAUCCUCUUGGAGAGAGACCCGGUCCCGCCAAUGCCAAGGUGGUGUCGACCCUCAUGACGAUUUUCUUGAUACUCCCUUAGAGAACAUAAGAGGAAACUUGAACAAAGCAAUGAAGGAAGACGUUCAUGAUAUUCCAGGCCCAGCUCAGGAAGACAUGAAUCCUGAUAGCUCAGAUGAUGAAACACAGGAUAUGAACGUCGAUCCUGCUCCCCAGAGACAGCAGAAGCCAGAUCCAAUAGCUGGAAAAAGAGGUUACAAGUAUGUUGAACCAGUAAGAAAGAAAGCUGAGAGGGAAAAUUUGAAAGGAGUUGAAUGCAAGCAGUGCAAGAAAUUCUAUGAUGCUGUUCUUCCCAAUGAUGGAGGUAAGGACAGUGACUGUAAUAAGAAAAAUUUCCGCUGUGAACAUCAUGAAGGUGUUUCUAGGCAUAGGUAUAAGUAUAUCCCUCCUAUGACACCUGAAGGUUUCUGGAAUAUUGGAUUUGAAUCUGAAAUGUGAUUCUUUCAGUUGAAACUGAUAUUGUCAUUAUCGCAUUGGCUUUAUUAUUUGAAUUUCAUUAAUGCAACUUUCUAGUCUUAAGCAAGUUGUUAUUGCAACCUUCAGCCACUGCAGAGAAUUCUUCAAGGGUCUGCGGAAUGACUAACCUUCACUUGACUAUAUCUGUGAUUUAAGAUUUUGUUCUGCUCAGAAAUGCUUAAAUUUUUUAUUCCCACUACAGAAGGUUCAGUUCAUGAAGUACAACAAAAAUAUGCAGCAUUCUUUAGGCUUUCUCUUGUUUUGAGGACCUGCUUAAACUGAUGGGAAACUUUCCAAAACCGUUAUAUACCUUUUGCACAGGAACUAUAAGACACCGGGACAGAAAUGAAUCACUCAAAAUAUUUACAUCAAAGUGAUUGUAUACUGUCCAUUAUUAUGUGUGGUUUUUCGUUUUCUUUUGUUCUUGCUCAUGUUUGUAAAUCAUUUAAUGUUCAAUGUCGUGUUCAUUUUUCAAUAUUAGCUCAUUUGAUAUCGAUAGUUCGACACAUGAACCCUUGUCAACAUACAAGCACAUGUCAAUGUAAACAGGUUGUAUUAAAGGAGAUAAUAGGCAUUGUAUUAUUUUUCCUACCUUACCCUUCUCAUUGGUAAUUGUAUUUCCUUGUGUUUCUCAGAUUAUCGAAGUUUAAAUAUUAAUGGAGCUCAACAACUGCUAAAUUGUAUGGGAUUUACAUGUUCUUUUUGGUUGAGGCUGCCUCCUUCCAUUC